CUUCUUUGCUUGUCAUAGGCCAGCGCCGGGCAGCAGCCAACCCUUCGUCAUGUGAUGAGCACCGCUCGCCCGGAGACUGGCAGUGGCAGAUGCACGGGGUGUCCUGUCUGGUUGGUCACAACUUCUCUGGCAUUUUCACCAUCCUACGGCCAUACAUAACCAAAGAUACCUGCUGAACUGCAGGAGUCCCCAGCAUCCACUACGGACUACGAGAAAUAGAUUUACCGUUACAGAUGAUUGACUGCAACAUGCAAAGUAACAAAUCUGUUUACUUUAUCGUGGUUUCCCCAUGUCACACACUGCACUGCAAAGAAUUUGUAACUGGGGGAAAAAAGAGCUACAGUAUCUAAUCAGCUAUAAUCAAGACAAGGGUGUCCACACCACUGCACUGUAGACUAGGAAGGAUGCCAGUGCCUUUGAGAAAUUUGCAACAAAUGGCUCUUUAUUUGGGUGUGGUGUCUGGAGGAGGAUGUGCCAUGAUGUAUUAUUUAAUUCAGAAGUCUUUCGCCAGUAAAGAAUAUUACUUGGCUGCUCUUGAAAAACUGGAGUCUCAGUCCAAAGUUCUAGAGAUGAUAGGAGCACCACCACUUAAAGUCCACUAUCUUCGACUGUUGGACAAAUACAACCAUGUUGACCAGUCAACAGCUCAGAAGACGUUGUCCUCUAUUCCAGAGUUCCAGACUUUUCUCCAAGGGGUGCUACAUGUUUUUUUAUGUGCCACAGGAGUAGGUCCUGGGCUACGCACAGACUGUACAGACUGGAAAAAACAUUCAAUGAUCAAGAUACCAGUGUCUGGGACCAUACUAGCUGGAUACCUCUAUACUACUGCUGUCAGAGACAGCUAUAACAGAAGGUGGAACCUUCAGGAUGUCAUACUAAAACUGAACAAUGGGUAUAGUGUCCCAAUUUAUCAUUCCAGUGUAUCUGGGGAAAAAGAGGAAAUUGCAGCAGAAAAUCCUGAUGUAUUGUAAGAUCUAUGAAUUGAAAUCAGAAACCUAUUAUGCAACAGGUGCAUGUCCCCCCUAUGUUAACUACUCGCAAUUGCUGUAUUCUUGCUAGGAACUCUUGUUUAUAUUACUGCAUAGAAAAAUAAACCUUACUUAUAAAAUGAA